GAAUGUAACUACACCAAGUGGAAUACUAAGGAUCCAUCUUGAGCAAUCAGCUCAACAAGGAAUGUUUCGUCCAGGAAAACUGAUACAUGGAUCUCCAUUAUUGCUCUUUCUCAUUAUCGGAUUGGUUGUUUCGGCUACCCCUUCCCAGAGGGAAACAAAAAAGGCUCUUAAUACGAUUAGCCGCUUCUUAAGAAGCAAAACGGGAACAUCCUGGCUCGCAGGAUUAGCCCAGGUGAAAUCUGGACCACUCACGAUUGCAGAACUCAUGGACCAAUUGAUCAAAGACACAAAACCAGAUGGACAGGUUUCAAAAUCGGCAAAACUCCUCCAGAAGACACUUGACAUUCAAAAGCUGAAAAAGGGAGGUUCAGAUGAUAUACCAGAUGCCUGGGAUGAGCUUGUACAGGAUAUACAGAAUCAGGAUGACAUCAUCUGCCUCUAUCGGAAGGAUUCUGAUUCUUCGAUGAGGAAGACUGAUGAUUGGAAAAAACUUCUCAAGAGUGUUUCUACUGGUUAUACUGUUCAUCUGGCUUUGGACAAGGGAAAGAAGUAUGUUAUUUGUCUGAAGAAGAUUGCUGUUCCUGAAACAGUUGAUACUACAGAAGAUACUUUUGAGGUAACUACUCAGGUAGUAGAGAUGAUAAGCAAGAAAACAGAUCUUGAGGAAAUAACGAGAAAACCAGAGAAUGAGGAAAAUAGUAGGGAAACUACUAUUGAAGAUGUUGCGACUACGGAAAUUGAUCAGACUACCGAGAGCGGGGAAAAAUCUGAGAAGAAAUUGAAGCAUCCUGAAACAAGAAAGUCAAGAUUUGGACCUAGUGUUCGUGACAUUGAGGAAGAAGAAUCUGAAAAAGAUGAUGGUGUUGAUGAUGAUGAAGGAGAAAGUGAUGAUGAAGAGUGUAGUGAAGAGGAUGACAGUGAAGAUAUUGAUGAAGAUGGUGAGAAGGUAAUUGAGAAGGUUUUAGAUGAAAAAAAAAUAAAAUCUCAUUCGGAGUGUAACCGACCCAUCAUUCUUGUGAUGCAAAAUCCUGAUGGAUCUGGUACUCCCAACUCAUAUUAUUUGAAUCCUCAGGUUUUUAAAAAUUCUCUUCAACCAGUGGAUAAUGGAGUUCGGAAACCUAAUUAUCCUUUAAUACAACCUAUUUUGAAUCCUUGGUACAGAUCUAAAUUGAAAUAUCCUUUUGCUAACCAUUUUUACAAUUAUCCUAAUUAUCCUAAUGGCCAUUAUCCUAAAGGACAUCAUCCUAAAUAUGCUCAUCAGAAGCACUUUAUAUCAGGAAUUCAUCCAGGAAGAUCUCCUGAUCAUAAGAAAAUACUUGAUUCAAAUAACCAUAGACUACACAAACAUAAGAUUCCUGGACCACCAACAAAUUCGAUGAAUUUACAAUCGUACAUACCUUUUCAUCAUUUGAAAACUUUAGGACAUCAUUCAACACCGCAUAAUUUUUAUUUAAGAAGCCAAAAAUCAAAAGAUAAUUUAGAAAAACAAUAUAAUUCAGGACCGCGGAUGGAAAAUCCGAAAUUGCUUCCAACAAAUGGACAGAUGCCCAAUUUUAAUGUAAACUCAAGGCCUCGAAUGAAACCAAAUUUAGCAACACAAUUUAUUCCAAUUAGACCGAAUUAUUUUUAUAACAGGAAAAAAUACAAUCCCUUAUUAUUAAAGCGAUUACAAUGUUUGACGGGGUCUAAUAAAAAUUCUUUGAAUCCUCAAGCGCAAAAAUGUUGGAAGAAUCAGGUUUGGAAACCUCUGAUAGGAAAUCAAGAAAAGAAUCCAGGAAUGUCAGGACCGAUUCGGGAGAAUAUAAAUCCUCUUGGACGGGUUCCAAAUUUGGGAGUAGAUCCAAUUACCUCUGAACAGCCUCAUAAUUAUAAGUGGUUGAAUAAACAGAUACCUAUUAACAAGGAAAUCUUGCCUAAGAAUCAAACAACACUUCCUAAUUCUCAACAGAUACCAAGUUUGGGAUUAACUCCGAUGACCUAUCCAUGGAAUCAGCCUAAUAAUUACCAGUGGUUCAAUAAACAGAUACCUAAUAACAAGAAAAUCUUGCCUAAUAAUCAAGCAACAUAUCCAAAUCCUGGACAAGUUCCAAAUUUGGGAUUAAAUCCGACGUACUAUUGGUGGAAUCAGCCUCAUAAAUAUAAGUGGUUGAAUAAACAGAUACCUAAUAACAAGAAAAUCUUGCCUAAUAAUCAAGCAACAUAUCCAAAUCCUGGACAAGUUCCAAAUUUGGGAUUAAAUCCGAUGUACUAUUGGUGGAAUCAGCCUCAUAAUUAUAAGUGGUUGAAUAAACAGAUACCUAAUAAUCAGAAAAUCUUGCCUAAUAAUGAAGCAACAUUUCCAAAUCCUGGACAAGUUCCAAAUUUGGGAUUAAUUCCGAUGUACUAUUGGUGGAAUCAGCCUUAUAAUUAUAAGUGGUUGAAUAAACAGAUACCUAAUAAUCAGAAAAUCUUGCCUAAUAAUCAAGCAACAUUAUCAAAUCCUGAAAAGGUUAAAAAUCCUGGACUAAAUCCCAUGACCUAUUGGUGGAAUCAGCCUUAUAAUUAUCAAUGGUUCAAUAAACAGAUACCUAAUAACAAGAAAUUCUUGCCUAAUAAUCAAGCAACAUUUUCAAAUCCUGAGAAGGUUCCAAAUUUCGGGUUAAAUCCGAUGUAUUAUUGGUGGAAUCAGCCUGAUAAUUAUCAGUGGUUCAAUAAACAGAUACCUAAUAACCAGAAAAUCUUGCCUAAUAAUCAAACAACAUUAUCAAAUCCUGGUCAGGUUCCAAAUUUGGGAUUAAAUCCGAUGUACUAUUGGUGGAACCAACUUUAUAAUCAGCAAUGGUUCAAUAAACUACCAAUGUCUAAUAAUGAGAAAAUUAUUCCUAAUCAGCUAAUCAUUCCUAAUAAUCAGAAAACAACGUCAAAUUCUGAAAAUCCUAACGGAUGUAAAUGUCCUAGUCCUUGUGAUAAGCCUAUUGAACUGAGAGUCACUAUUGAAGGCAAUGUUGAUAAGCCUGUCAAGAUUGGUAUUGCAUCUCAACCCGGAACUUGGAUUAAUGUUGUUAACAAUAAUAAAGAAGAAAAUUCAAGGAGGAUGUUGGACAAUCAAAAAGAAAAUUCUGAAAAUCAAAGUAAAGAAACUGGAAGAAAGGAAGAGACUGAAAGUCAGGAAACUGAGCAAGAGGAAGACACUGAAAGUCCGGAAACUGAAGAAGUUGAUGCUAGUGAAUCAGUAACUGAAAAUUUUAAUGACGAAUUAAUAGAAAAUUCGGAGAAGGCUGCAACAAAAAAUGAAACAGAGAAUAAUAAUACAAAUAAUUUAGAGGAUCAGAAGGAAGAGAAUGCUAAUAAAGAGAAAGAAGAAAAUAAAGACAUGGACGUAAAGCCACGGAUCCUCUUGGAAAUAACAACAGUUCCGAGUAUCGAACCAACUGAUGCUCCAACUGAAAUUACAUCACCCUCAGCAUAAUUUUUUCCAAAAAUGAAAAAAAAAAAUAAAAUAAAAAAUUCAGAAUCAUCUUGAUUUUAAGAUGAUAAUGCUGUUCCUUUUCAGUUUCGCCCAUUCGAUGCACGUUGAAUAAUAAAUUUAUGACUCUUGAUUGUCGGCUCGCGAUUCUCGUUCACGCUAUUUAAAUUUUAUACUCUUAUUAUAACGUCAUCCCAAUUGAAAUGUAGCUUACUACUUGAAAGUCUUUAUGUACAGAAAUGAAUAAAAUUAUUCUAAAGAAUUAUGCAACUUUGCAAGGA